AAGUCAACUGCUGAGAUGUGUAUAUUAGGCUCAGCCUUGACCAGAUUCAGGAACAGAUUGCGGACAAUCUGCUGAAGUAACUAGAUCGGAAAUGGAUUCUCUCAGCCUCACCAUCUUGUUCUGUUUAGUAGUAUUGCGUACAGAUCAAGUGGUAUGUAGCAGACAUGGAGUUAACGUCGAAACUUCAGAGUCUUCUGCGGCCGCCAUCAUUCAACAGAGACAGGGCGUCACGGAUGAACUCUGCUCUUCUGGAAAUGCAGGUGGUACAGGUAGCGAAGCAUCAAGCGACCGACCAGCUGCGGGCCGCAUGCUGUCGGUGACGGGCUGCCUGAACAAACAUCGCAGCAGUACACGGAUUGAGACAAUGGACUCCCCGCAGAGCCAAUUCCACGCCACAAAUUACAUUGAAAACCACGCGAUAGACCGAGCAAUUCCGUCACCAGGUGGCAACUGUGCGGUGUACACGCUAGAUGCGUGUCAGUACGGCGAAGGGCAAUUAUGCGAACAACAGCAGGAAGCCAGUACGGAAACUCAGGAGGAACAAGAACUAGUACGGACUGAGGUCUGGUUACGUGUCGAGCACGUCCUAUCACGGCUACACUGGGAUUCGUCAGCGGAUGAACAGCAGCAUCAUCAGCAGCAGUCCGAGUACGGCCAAAACCUGACAAUCACCAUGUUCCAUCACUUUCCUCGCACCAGCAGAGCCCACCGGCCCUUGAGUAGGAGAUAUAUGGGGAGAUCCGUCAUUGACACGCGCCCAGAGGCCCUAGCAUCUCAGCCGUGGCUCCUAAUUGAUCUCAGUCGGGUAAACAGUUUUCUGCAGUUCGCAUUCAAGCGAGCACGGCCCGCCUUCCUGCAGAUAUGUCACGGAUCGCAUUCCCCGCGUCCGACUGAACAGCAACCUGUUUCCAAAGAAGAUGCUCCUCUCAGCACCCAGCCCUUCUUCCUAACAUUCUACAAACGACAACCGCAAAGCAUACGAGAUAUUGUCGGUGACUCCAACCCAUCACGUGAUUCUCAACACCGCACUGGUGGCAGAGAAAAGAGGAACAGCGUGGAGGAGAAUAGCAACACCAUCGAUGACAUGUCAACUACCUCGUUCGUCUCCACCGGAAAUAGCCAGUUAUCAGACUCAACUACCUCACCUCAGCAGGGAGUACAGAGAUCUAAUCAGUCUGAAAUGGGAACCCAACCGUCACCAUCACAAGCACCUUCUGAAUCGAAUGCAACUGUAAAUUCGCUCGAUCAAAGCGACGCACUACUCAGCAACGAUCCAUCGCAGCCACGUCCUCUGUGCAGGCCAGUUGAGUUCACGCUCUAUUUCAGCUUUCUAUCCCAGAAUAGGAAUCUUCGCUACAAUCCACCUUUCAUCAACCUGACAGCGUGUGCAGGGGCUUGCACGAACGCAGUGCCAGCAGCUAAUAAAUUCGCCACAUUACUACGAGAUGUGCGCAACGGUGGCGUGGCUGAUCCAAACCUGAAGCAGGGCGAGUGUUGUAUUCCAAUGUCAUAUAAAGAGGGACUGACGCCCAAUAUUCUCAUCUCCGACAGCCUUGGAAAGUCGGUGCGACUUGUCUCCUUGGAGCAAGUCAUUGUCGAUAAAUGUGGCUGUAGUUGAUCCGUGACCACUCAUCGACUACAUGUCCCGCAUCCUCAUGCUGUCUGACGAUCGCUUAUGGAUGCAAGUCUGAGCCACAGCCAAACAGCCUUCUAUCGUAUCCUGUUUGCGUGCAUUACAUCACCACAGCACACGCAUCAGUAUCCAUGACGUCAUCAUUUUAAUAUCCCAACCCCUACACAACACUACACUGCUCCGACAGGACUAUUUCAGAUUUUUCGUUUUGUUUGAAGCAUGCGUGGCACUGCCCACAGUGAGCGCACCUUGAGUCAUAUCCGAACAACACUAUAACCCCAAGCCGCAAUGAUUUAUGAUGUCACCAACACGGGAUAUUAUGUCUUCUUCUGUUCUAGACGUCAUGCGCCCAUGGUUGCCCCUCCCCAAUCCCCAUGGCAACCGGAUAGAUUUGCAAAGAUUAGAUUUUGUUUAGCACACUAAAACCACAUGCUAUUAUUUUUUUAAACUCCAAAGCAACAUCUGAGCAUUGAACCACUGUCUUCUAAACCUUGCUUUAUUUUUAUUUUGCUGUUCUCUAUCAGUGGUGCUGGAGAAACUUGACUCAAAUGUCUGCCUUCACUUCAGUACCAUACAAUGCUGGGAUUAUUUCUGCUCGCUCAACCUGUAUUCUUGCAGAGCAGAGCAUACGAAGUUUCAGCGAAGUACACCUUCUCCUUUUUUUACAAGAAAAAAGUACUUUCA